AUGAGCUACUACGGCAGCAGCUACCCGAUCGUGAACGUGGACCCCAAGUACCCGGGCUACCCGCCCGAGCACAUCCUCGCCGAGAAGCGGCGGGCGCGCCGGCGGCUGCUGCACAAGGACGGCAGCUGCAACGUGUACUUCAAGCACAUCUUCGGCGAGUGGGGCAGCUACGUGGUGGACAUCUUCACCACCCUGGUGGACACCAAGUGGCGCCACAUGUUCGUCAUCUUCUCCCUGUCCUACGUCCUCUCCUGGCUCAUCUUCGGCUCCAUCUUCUGGCUGAUCGCCUUCCACCACGGGGACCUGCUCAACAACCCUGACAUCACGCCCUGCGUGGACAACGUCCACUCCUUCACGGGCGCCUUCUUGUUCUCCCUGGAGACCCAGACCACCAUCGGCUACGGCUACCGCUGUGUCACCGAGGAGUGCUCCGUGGCCGUGCUCACCGUCAUCCUGCAGUCCAUCCUGAGCUGCAUCAUCAACACCUUCAUCAUCGGGGCCGCCCUGGCCAAAAUGGCCACGGCCCGGAAGAGAGCCCAGACCAUCCGCUUCAGCUACUUCGCCCUCAUCGGCAUGAGGGACGGCAAACUCUGCCUCAUGUGGCGCAUCGGGGACUUCCGGCCCAACCACGUGGUGGAGGGCACCGUGCGGGCCCAGCUCCUCCGCUACACGGAAGACAGCGAGGGCCGCAUGACCAUGGCCUUCAAAGACCUCAAGCUGGUCAACGACCAGAUCAUCCUCGUCACGCCGGUCACCAUCGUCCAUGAGAUCGACCACGAGAGCCCUCUGUACUCCCUGGACCGGAAGGCGGUGGCCAAGGACAACUUUGAGAUCCUGGUGACGUUCAUCUACACGGGCGAUUCCACCGGGACCUCCCACCAGUCCCGGAGUUCCUACGUGCCCCGGGAGAUUCUCUGGGGCCACAGGUUCAACGACGUGCUGGAGGUGAAGAGGAAGUACUACAAAGUGAACUGCCUGCAGUUCGAGGGCAGCGUGGAGGUCUACGCCCCCUUUUGUAGCGCCAAGCAGCUGGACUGGAAGGACCAGCAGCUGCACAACAUGGAGAAGGCGCCCCCAAGCCGAGGGUCCGGCCUGUCAGACACCAAGGUCAGGAGAAGGUCAUUCAGUGCCGUGGCCAUCGUCAGCAGCUGCGAGAGCCCCGAGGAGACGCCCAGCUGCGCCCUGGAGGAGUGUAAGGAAGCGCCUUACCAGAAAGCUCUCCUGACUCUAAAUAGAAUCUCCGUGGAAUCUCAAAUGUAG